GAGGCGAGAGCCUGGCGCUGUAGGUCUUAGAACCAAAGGAGUGAGGCGGCCCAGAGCGCAGUUACCGUUUUGGCGUGAGAGCUGGCAGUUGGCAAGGCUGCAAAAGCGGAAAGCGUCCGCCAUGUUCUGCGAGAAAGCCAUGGAACUGAUCCGCGAGCUGCACCGCGCGCCGGAAGGGCAGCUGCCUGCCUUCAACAUGGAAUGGUUUAAUAAUUAUAAAAGAUCUCUUGCUACUUAUAUGAGGUCACUGGGAGGAGACGAAGGUUUGGACAUUACACAGGAUGUGAAACCACCAAAAAGCCUAUAUAUUGAAGUCCGAUGUCUAAAAGACUAUGGAGAAUUUGAAGUUGAUGAUGGCACUUCAGUCCUAUUAAAAAAAAAUAGCCAGCACUUUUUACCUCGUUGGAAGUGUGAGCAGCUGAUCAGACAAGGAGUACUGGAGCACAUCCUGUCGUGACCAUGCACUGAGGCACUCCCACCCAGGCUUCACCCAACUCAUGGAUGCCUCUGUACUCACUCUCUCCACCCUCCCUUCACCUCCCUCUUUGAUUUUACAAGCUGUAGACAUUGUUGAAGGUAACUAAGAAUACUUGGCUAAGAAGUAUAAUUUGCUA